AUGAUUGUUAUUGUGAAUGAUUAUGGCAAGCUGGAGGACGGAGCUGGGAUUUACGGAGCGGCUGACGACCAUCCAGUCUCUGCCUCUUCCUCGGCCGCAUUCGCAGAGGCUCAGGCACAAGCCAAGCGGUAUGAAAAUGAAGCCUACGGCCAGGCCACCUCCAGGGAGGAGUAUGACCGCAUGUGUCAGCAAGCCAUUGAUGCCGCCGAGGCCACGGGCUCUGUAGCCCCCGUCAUCAGCAGUCCGCAGCAGGUGCAAGAAAGCUUUCAAGACCCGGAUCCAUAUGAUGCACCAUGGACGGGUGAGAAGCUCGGUCAGUAUACGUCCUGUUUUCAUCACUUCGAUGGGCUGCAUUCAACCAUCUAUAAAUCCAAGGCCGACGAUGGCACUCUCCGUGCGGUCAAGGUCACGAUCCCGCAUCUCAUGACCGCUCCUCACGAUGCGCAUCGAGAAGCCCGAUUGCUACGACAGGCCAGUGGCCCGCAUGUCAUCUCUUUGGUAGAGACCUUCACCCUCGACGGCGGCAGGUUGGUCCUGGUCUUUCCCUUCUUGCGGUACGACUAUGAACACCUGCUCCGGCGUGAUAUGGUGACUGCUGCACAGACACGUUCAAUCUUGAGGGAUAUGUUUCUUGCGCUGGCGCAUAUCCACGACAUGGGGAUCAUCCAUCGGGAUAUCAAGCCCUCGAACAUUCUGUUGGACUCCCCGGACGGACCAGCAUAUCUCGCCGACUUCGGGAUUUCGUGGAAGGCGGGCGAUCCGGGUUGUGAGCCCGCCAACCUCAAGAUCACGGAUGUGGGGACGACCUGUUACCGAGCUCCAGAGGUUCUCUUCGGCUUCAAGGGAUAUGGAGCCGCUCUGGAUCUGUGGGCCGCUGGAUGUGUGGUGGCCGAAGCCAUCGUGGUAGGGCAUCCAGCGCUCUUUGACUCGGGGCCUGUCGGCAGCGACCUAUCACUUAUCUUCUCCAUCUUCAAGACACUGGGGACCCCGGAUGAACAACGUUGGCCGGAAAUCGGUGUUCUGCCUGAUUGGGGCAAGGUGGAAUUCCACCCACUCCCGGCGCAGCCUUGGGAAAAUGUCCUGAAAGGAGCCUCAUCCAAGGGCCGCGAUUUGGUGCGGAGCUUGUUAUGCUACGAGAGCCGCGAGCGUCUCUCCGCCGCCGAGGCUCUUGGGCAUCCGUUUUUCUCCAGCCCAUCAUAA